AUGGAUGAAGAUCAAUUUGUUUUGCAACCACAAGAAGCAAACUCAUUUUGUGAUGCCAUAGUGGAUGCAGCUGGCAAUCUGGAUAGUGAUGGUUCCACUAGACCAAAUAUGGACAUAGGACCAGAAGUCAGUUCUUGUAAAGCAGAUUGUCCUGAAGUCAUGAAGGUGUCCACUUUUAAAUCUGACGAUGGACUGGAUGACUUAGGCGGACAUGUAGACAUCUUGGACAGUGCACUUGAGAGUAAUCUUGGAGUUGAACUAGUGGGACAGAACACAAGAAUUUGUGUUCCCAGGGAAAAGAUAAUGUGUCUGACUGCCAGUGACUCCAAAGCAGAAGAUGAAGGCCUAAAUUUUGCUGAAAUCAUUGAUGCAGGUUACAUGCAUGUGAUUGUAGGAGAGGAUGCUGCUGCUGAUACAGCUUCAGCAUCUUCUGCUUUGCAUGAACAGCAAAUGGGUGACAAUGAGAUGAAAGCCUUCAUGCCAGUCACAUGGGGAGCAGUGUAUGGUGAUCAGAGGGAUGGAACUCGAAGUCUGACAGGUGUUGCAAGUCCACUCUUGCCUAUGGAUGAGUCUGCAGGACCUAGCAGACUGGCUAACCAAAACCCAGGGAAAAAUAAGACAAUUGAUGCCAGGCAACAGCCAACAGAAUACUGUUUCCAGAACUCAGGGAGAGUCAUGAGUUAUUUUCCUUGGAAAAAUGAGAUUGUGAUUCAGAAUGAAGAAAGGAAACUAAAGUUAUUGAAUCGACACCUUCUAGCCUUCCACAGCAAGAACUGUCCCCAUGAUUGUGUAGAGUGCUUAAAAGGCUUUCAGCAUCCAUCAGAGCUCAAAAUUCACAUGAGAAUCCAUUGGCAGGUUUGCAGCUAAUGUGAAUGUAGGACUGCUGACUCUUCUAACUUGAAAACACAUGCCAAAUCUAAGCCCAGCAAAGAGAUGCUGCCUAAGUGUGACAUUUCCAUUCUGUCUUUCUCAGAUACCAGAGAAGCCCAGCCACAUGGCUUUAUCAACCAAGGAAGGAAAACACACCAGUGUUCCUAUUGUGAGCACAGGAGCUCAAGCUCAAGUGAUUUGAAGAGACAUACUAUUUCAAUUCACACCAAGGAGUACCCUCAUAAGUGUGACAUGUGUGGUAAAGGCUUUCACAGGCCUUCUGAACUCAUGAAACAUGCCACAGUCCAUACAGGUGAAAAGAUGCAUCAGUGUAGACAUUGUGACUUUAAGAUUUCAGAUCCAUUUCUGCUAAGUAGCCACAUUCUGUCAGUUCACGCAAAGGAUCCUCCCUUUAGAUGUAAUAGAUGUAAAACGGGAUUUCAACAACAGGAGGAUCUUGAAAAGCACAUGAACACACACAGUAGCCAGAAAGUGUAUCAGUGUGAGCAUUGUGAGUAUAGCACUACUGAUGGCUCAGGCUUUAAACGGCAUGUUAUCUCUAUUCAUACCAAAGACUACCCUCACCACUGUGAGUACUGCAAGAAAGGAUUCCGAAGACCCUCUGAAAAGAACCAGCACAUAAUGCGACAUCAUAAAGAUGAAAGCUUGUCCUAA